CUCAAUUUCCUCGAGUGUUCUUUGGCAAGGGCGCGUGCAUUCGCAGCUGUUUCUGUGAUCGGUUGUCCGCGAGCCCUGCAGAGGCGCUGCGAACUGAGAAUUUCGUGAACGCCGUUCAGUGCGUUUUUGGAGAGUGAUUGUGUGGUGUCGGAGUGAGUGCAGAAUGUGCGUGUAAAUGGUGCAGCGGGAGGAUGGUGCAGUACCUCAGCGACGCAGUCCUAUUUUGUACAGCAGUAUUUUGUACAAGCAGCAGUCCUAUUUUCCAAAGACCCGGUACUCCAGUUUCGCCAAGUCGUGUGUCACGCCCGUCUACUUGGCAUUGGCAGUUCGCGGGUCACGAGCAAUUUUCCUCCUGGACCAGGCCUCGCCAGUCGCCCAGUCUGAGAAGAGCGAGCGAAGCGCCCCGCCGCGGAGAGAGCCAAUGGGGCGCCGACCUGCCUGCCCACCGCGCUCCGGAUGCCCCCUCCCCCCCUCCUUUGCAGACUCGGCCAUCACGCACCGCUGGCGGGGCGGCACAGCAGCUAGGGACUCACCAUCCUUCGCUAUGGGUCGGCGGUGGAAAUAA